UUGGGACAGAGAGGGAGAAAAGGGAAUGGAAUUGUGAAACUCUGUACAGGGCUCCUUCCUUGAAGAGGUCAGUCAGCCUAUGAGGUGAUGUUGCUGGAUACGAUUAUGGUAACUGAAAUCCAUCAGGUAUUGUGUAAUAUGAAAGGAUCCAGGAAGAGGACAGGUUUGGGACUAACUGCAGUUUAUGGGCCAACCCUGGCACAGGUGAAUGUCCUCCUCCUUCCUUGAUAUCAAGUGAUUCUAAGGCUCUUUCAUCUUACGAGCAUCCACGUUCUGGGGAGUGAUGUGAAACAGUCGGCCUGUUACUGCUUCUGUCCUUAGCUGCAGAUAUGAGGAGCCUGAUGAGAUGUACAGUCUCCACGCCUGAUUCCAAGUCACCUUUGGACAUUAACUGAUCUCUGUUUGCAGUGUGAUAAGCCGGAACGGUCAUACUGACCGGAGCUGCUGUGAGCAAACCCAGUAACACAGUCUGCGAGUUAUCCAGUCUAAAUUGAGUAGAGGACUGAACAGAUGUGCAAACAAACAAUAUUUCAACAUCAAUUAUUCUCAAAAUUCAUAAUCAGGAAAUUCUAAGGAUUUGCCAUGAUGAAUCGAAGAGUCCCGUUGCUGAUGUUCUGGAGAUCCAAACUGAUGCUCUUGAUUUUAAUUCUAAUCAGCCUGGUGCUGCAUGUCUUGAUAGCUCUGAUGCCCUUAAAGGAGAUAAGCAAGCAGGAAAGGUGUGACCAUCGCAGACAGGCUAGAGACCAGACGGUUGCUCUACCCACAAACCGACCAGCGAUAAAGGGAAAGUCAUCAAAGGUGAACAGAGAACUUAAGAAUUACGCCAACAACAGGGCAUCGAGCUGCACAUCUCAAUCCCUGGAAACGGUGGCAAAUUCAAACAAUAAGAGCCAAUCGUUCCGCCAAAAGCAACAUUCACAGUCAGGCAGUGAACCCCAGAACAUAUCCAAGCUGGCUGCACUAUUUAAACAUCCGCUCUAUAACAUACCUAUUCCAGCACUGACACCUGAUGAUCAGCUCUUCUCUGAAAACUCAGCACAAAAAUUCAAUCCAAAAAGCAGCAACAGUGAUGGUUGGGUUAGUCAUGGGCAGGAAUAUGCCCUGCCAGUUGUCGAUUCUCCUGACGGAUAUCCAAAUUGGAUGAAAUUCUUCCUUGGAAUUAAUCGUUAUGAGCUGUACUCACAAAACAGCAACAUUCUCGGUCCCUUAUUGCGGGAACUCAGUGCCAGCAAGAUUGUCCGUGUCGUUCAGAAGCAUGGCGGGACCCAGUUGAAGUUGACAAUAACAUUACAGGACUACGGGAAAGCCUUGUUUAAACCAAUGAAACAGACACGGGAUGAGGAAACAUCUAUCGACCUUUUCUACUUUUCUGACUUUGAACGUCACAAUGCGGAGAUAGCUGCCUUUCACUUGGAUCGAAUUUUAGGUUUCCGACGAAUUCCCCCAGUCUCUGGUCGUCAGGUUAACCUGGUGACAGAGAUUAGAGACCAGCUGAGUGACAGACACCUGGAGAGGACAUUCUUCAUCUCCCCAGCAAACAAUGUUUGUUUCUAUGGCGACUGCUCCUAUUACUGUAACAUGGAGCAUCCUCUGUGUGGAAAACCUCAGUUAAUGGAGGGAUCCAUGGCCGCCUAUCUGCCUGAUGUUAAAUUGGCCAAGCGACAGUCCUGGAGGAACCCCUGGAGGCGGUCAUACCACAAGAGCAAGAAAGCAAAGUGGGAGAUAGACCCCAGCUACUGUGAUCAAAUUAAGAAAACCCCACCAUACAAGACUGGAACCCGGCUGCUCGAUGUGAUAGACAUGACCAUCCUGGACUUUUUGAUGGGCAACAUGGACCGACAUCAUUUUGAAACAUUCCAGAAAUUUAAGAAUGAGAGCUUUAUCCUUCACUUAGACAAUGGCCGAGGGUUUGGGAGACACUCUCAGGAUGAGGUCUCGAUCUUGGCCCCUCUCCAGCAAUGUUGCAGGAUGUGGAGGGGAACAUUUCUCCGGCUGCAGCUUUUAGCCACCGAGAGCUAUAAACUCAGUGACGUGAUGCGGGAAUCGCUGCUGAGUGACCCACUCUCCCCCAUCCUGAGUGAGCCUCAUCUCAUCGCUCUUAACCGCAGGCUAUCCACCAUCCUGGAAACCACUAAGGACUGUAUCAGUCAGCAUGGCGAACACAGAGUGCUGCAGAAUGAUCUGAAAGCUUGGUCUCCCAGGCACUAACAAGGGGGUGCUCUUGGGUCACACUUUAGGGGGGGUGGGUGCG